AUGUGCAUUCAUGUGCUCCUUGGGAAACUAGGAAGUGGGAAUUCACGUGAACUAUUGGGCAUUCAUGUGCUCCUGGGAAGUGGGAAACUAGGAAGUGGGAAGUCUGACGUGGAACUAUUGGGCAUUCAUGUGCUCCUGGGAAGUGGGAAACUAGGAAGUGGGAAGUCUGACGUUGAACUAUUGGGCAUUCAUGUGCUCCUGGGAAGUGGGAAACUAGGAAGUGGGAAGUCUGACGUGGAACUAUGGGGCAUUCAUGUGCUCCUGGGAAGUGGGAAACUAGGAAGUGGGAAGUCUGACGUGGAACUAUUGGGCAUUCAUGUGCUCCUGGGAAGUGGGAAACUAGGAAGUGGGAAGUCUGACGUGGAACUAUUGGGCAUUCAUGUGCUCCUGGGAAGUGGGAAACUAGGAAGUGGGAAGUCUGACGUGGAACUAUUGGGCAUUCAUGUGCUCCUGGGAAGUGGGAAACUAGGAAGUGGGACUAUUGGGCAUUCAUGUGCUCCUGGGAAAGAGAGGCCUUUCCAAUGCUCUCAGUGUGGAAAGCAAUUUAUCCAGUCAUCACAUUUGAAAGAGCAUAAGAGAAUACACACAGGAGAGAAGCCUUUCCAAUGCUCCCAGUGUGGAAAUAGUUUUACCCGGUUAAGGUGCCUGAAUAGGCAUAAAGGAAUACACACAGGAGAGAAGCCUUACCACUGUUGUCAUUGUGGACAGAGUUUUAGGUGGUUAGUGACCCUGAAAACACAUGAGAGGACACAUACAGGAGAGAAGCCUUUCCAAUGCUCCCAGUGUGGGAAUGCUUUUACACGGUUAGAGAAGCUGAAAGAACAUGAGAGAAUUCACACUGGUGAAAAGCCUUUCCAAUGCUUGCAGUGUGAAAAGAGAUUUAUCCAGUCAUGGAAUCUCAAAGAGCAUGAGAGGAUACACACAGGAGAGAAGCCUUUCCAAUGCUUCCAGUGCGGAAAGAGUUUUACCCGGUUAAGGUACCUGAGUAAGCAUAAAGAAAUACACACGGGAGCGAAGCCUUACCACUGUUCUCAUUGUGGACAGAGUUUUAGGGGGUUAGUAAGCCUUAAAACACAUGAAAGAAUACACACAGGAGAGAAACCUUUCAACUGCUCUCAAUGUGGAAUUACUUUUACCUUGUUAGGGAGCCUGAAAUCACACCAGAGGACACAUGAUAAAAGCCAAACCACUGCUCUCAUUGUGGAAAGAGAACAUGAAAUCGCAUGAUCGAAUAUAGAGUCUGGGGCCAUAUUUGCGAACAUAAGCAAGUAUAUGAAGUUAAAUGGUUUUCAUGCACAAGAUGCAUAUCAGCCAAUGAAAAGUGUUGAUUCACUUACAUGUGACUGACCGCUAAUUUGUAGCUGCUCCCAUCAGAUAACAUUAGCCUUAUGCUAACCUCCCCAGGUGGCAGUGAUUACAUCCUGGCACAACGUCUGCCUCAGCCAAUCAAAUAUCUUAGAUAUUCUAUACACCAACCAAUUGUAUUUCUUUUAAAAAAUAGGUAAACCCUGGCCAUGUGUUUUUAUGGGGGGAAAAAGAUAAAUUGAGUCCUUACAAAAAAAAAACGUUUUAGCGUUGUUAAAAAACAAAGAGCCUUAUGGAUUUAUCAUCUAGUGUAGCAGUCAUGUAGUCUAUCGUCAGUGGUGCAUCAACCCAACUGUCAAUCUUAGGUUCUAAUAUUCAGAGUUAAAACUCAAAGGAGACUCUGAAAGCUUUAAAACCAAGUUCAUUCUUCCCAGAGGAUCAAUACAGCUGCAUCGGACAAAGACGUUGUUCACACAAGCACUGAUAUUUAACCCCCUCCGUCAUCACUCAUCCAUGGCUCUCUCCCCUUAUCAAUGCUUGAUAUUUAACCCUUCCUCCCAGGCUGAGUCUCCUCUUGUUCAUCUGAACCUACAUUGUAUCUUUACUGCUAGGCAGGAAACUUAGUGAUACGGGCCAUAAACUUGUCUUUCUCCCUUAACGUGACCUGACCUCGACCCCUGUCAUCACUCAUCCAUGGCUCUCUCCCCUUAUCAAUCCUUGCCACGUGAGAUCGCUUUCCCUGCACUCAGCACAUUCCAAGCUUAAUUGCAUCCACUAUAUACUUUCCUCCUACAGAUAACCAUUCACUUCUGGUGUAGUUUAGGAGUCCCAAGUUUAGGAGUUAGUACCCAGAAUCCAUCAGCAUAAUAGAAAAUGACUCAAGUGAAAGUCACUCAGUAAAAUACUACUUGAGUAAAACUCUAAAGUGUUUGGUUUUAAAUGUACUUAUGUAUAAAUAAUUUCAAAUUCCUUAUAUUUAAGCAAACCAGAAGACACCAUUUUCUUGUUUUUUAAAUUUAUGGAUAGCCAGGGGCACACUCCAACACUCAUAUUUACAAAUGACGCAUUUGUGUUUAGAGAGACAGAUCAGAGGCAGUUGGGAUGACCAUGGAUGUUCUCUUCAUUAGUGCGCGAAUUUGACAAUUCUCCUGUCCUGCUAAGCAUUCAAAAUGUUCAGAGUACUUUAGGGUGUCAGGGAAAUGCAUUAUUUUCUUUGGGAAUGUAGUAAAAGUUGUCAAAAAUAUUAACAGUAAAAUAACAUACAGAUAUCCCCC